AUGGCCGGGAUGAUCGACCCUCAGCUCUUCGAGCAGCUAAAGGCGAAGAUCGAUGAGGACACCAAGGCACGCGAUGAUCUAAGUCAUAUCAUUCAGAAGCUCGAGCGAGAUGUAUCCUAUGCGCAGGGACUGCUCUCCCGGGUUCAUUCGACCCCACGAGCUCGUUACGGCGAUUUGAUCUCUCAAGUUGAGGCUGCCAUCAAGGCAGAGAUUGACGAUGUGGUCAGCCUUCGCGAUCUUGCCUCAAAUUAUCCUUACUACAACUGGAUCGGAGGCAGCCUUGACACCGGAAAGCAUGGCGAGGUCGGCCGUCUGUUGACCCUGGAGGAGGUUGGAGAUAUUUUCAAAGUGCCGGUGAAUCUCAAGGACCGUGACGCUUUCCACAUCACAAUCGAGGAGUAUCUGAUGGCCAUCACCAGUCUUACUGAUGAACUCAGCCGUCUGGCUGUCAACUCCGUCACCCUUGGAGACAAUGAGCUUGCUGUCAAGAUCAGCAACUUCGUCAAGGACAUGCAUGCCGGGUUCCAGCUGCUGAACCUCAAGAACGACAUCCUACGGAAGAAGGUGGACGGUGUCAAGUAUGCAGUGAAGAAGGUUGAGGACGUAGUCUAUGAUCUAUCUCUACGCAACCUCAUACCACAGCCGGCAUCUACAUCGUGA